AUGUACCCGCACCAAGGGCAGGGCAUCCCCCAUCCCUACCCCCAACCACAGCAACAGCAACAGCCGCAGCACAACUACCCUCUUCCUCACUUGCAGCAGCCCCAUCCCCACCCUCAACAUCUGCAUCACCACCACCAACAGCAGCAUGGCGGCUGGCCUGGAUACUCCUCCCCCAACUCAGGAGCCCCUCCACCUUAUCAACCUCAGACACCGCUCCAGCAACAACAACUGCCCCGGACUCAAUCGCUCUAUGCUCCUCAGACUCAAUACAAGCAGCAGCCACUAACCCCCGUCACCAGCUAUGGCUCCUCGUCCUCAACCUCGGCUACGUCCUCGCCCUUCUAUCGACCACAGUCGACCUUCUCUCCGACAGGGUCAGUUGGCUCUGGGACUCCCGUCACCCCACCCAUCACCUCAAUAGCUUCAAUGACUGGUGGAGGUGUGUCUGCCUCGACGCCUAUCGCUGGCGUCCGCGCCUCGUCGCCCAUACCCACCCCUGCUCCAGCGCUGUACAAGGUCGAAUUCAGCGACAGUCAGAUCCAGUCAUGGCAACAGAAACAGCAACAACAGCAGCAACAACACAACAUCAAGGUCGAGGUCUCUUCGUCAACAACCCAGCCAAAGCCCCAACCUCCCCCCUCUCUCUCUCCCAGUCCAGUUGUUGCUUCUCCGGUCAUCCCGAGCACCCCAUCCCCUGUUAGGGACGUGUACGCCGAGAUCCAGCUCCAGCUCAAGCGCCAGAGUCAGCUGCAAGCGAUUCAACAGAGUAGCCGCCGAGACACGAGCAUCGGAGGUGCGUCUCCUCAACUGUCCAACACGUGGAACACCAGCAACUCGACUACGUCGCCCGUAAUUCCUUCAAGCAUGGGCUCCGCAGGACACAGCCCCUUCCCUACACCUUCGACCCUGCCACAGACCCCCGUCGGAGGAGUAGCAGGAGGGUGGCAACAGCAGCCCACGCCUGUGGAGCAUCAGUCCUCUUUGACGGACAUUACUCCGCCCGCAGGGGCCUUCUCUCAGGAAUCCUCAUUGACAACACUCGAUCCAGCGCCCUCAGCAGCCAACAGCGCCAAUGUUCGAGUCUCUCGCCCCUAUGGACCGUCAAACCAACAGGCGUCUUAUCCCUCGGCGAUAGAACAACAGUCAUCCUUGACAGAGAUCGAUGGCACCGUCAAGUCUGGAUUUGGACCAGGAAACCGACCUUAUUCUGGAGGAACCGGAGGCUACUUUACUGACAGUCGAACCCACUCAAGCCAGGGACAAUCAUUCAACCCUGCUUACCCGUCCGCAAUCGAACAACAGUCGUCUCUUACCGAGAUCGAUUCUAUACCCUCCGCACUUACGGAAAUCGACAACAUCCCUUCCUCGUUGACAGUUCUGGAUGACCUGCCUCACAGGCUUGAGGAUCAAUCCCCCUUGACGGCGGUGGAUGACUUACCCUAUGGACUCCAGGAACAGUCGUCUUUGACAGAGGUCGACAAUCUUCCACAUGCAUUGUCGCAACAAUCACCUUUGACAGAGUUGGAGGAGCCCAAAAUGGACUCCCCGUUGUCGCUCAUGUCUGGAAUUACUGGUGCCAAGGACAGCGGGAUCCAGCGGAAGAGAACUUCGGUCACCUCGGCCACUGUCGCCGCCACAGCCCGAGCGUCUACUUUCUCUGCUACCUCAGCAGCAUCUCCAACGUUAUCGACAACAACCACAGCGAUGGCCUCGCCGAUCUCGCCAGCUGUGAGAGUACUCUCGGACGCCAACUCGGCCGCCUUUACCAUGAGCAAUUGGUCCCUGCCUGACGACUUCACCGAGCCGACAACAACAGCAGCAACGGUGCAGGAGAGUAACGGCGGCGACCGUGUCCAGUCACCUCCAUUAACUCACACUGGGCGCGCACCUGCACUGAUAAACAUCAACACCACCUGGGACGAGACUGAUUUUGAACCAUCGGCCCCAGUGGACAGCGGCAAGCCUGGAGUUGAUUUGUACCCUCUCAGCCCAACCACAGCAGAUGAAUCUGGCGGACGAAAUUCCCCGAUGUGGAAACCUCCUUCCCUGUCAGCAGCCAACUCGAUCAACAGGAAGCGGGACUCGAUGCCUCCAGUGCCACCAGCCAAGCCAGCCUCACUCCUGCAGGCCAAUGCCAACCGCAUACUGAGUCCACAGUCGAGUGCCACAGGGGCCGAGUUGACAUCGGACGAAAUCCAUGUGGAACCUCCACCGCCGAUCUUGCAGUCGACUCCCAUUCGGCCUGUGAUCGAGUUCAACAUUGAUACUGAACUUGUCGAUAGCGAGGACGACAUUCACAGCGUAGGCACAGAAGAGGAUGAUAAUGACGAUGGCGCCGACAUUGUGAACGAAAUUGACGAGUUCGAGGCGCUUCUUUCCAAGAGCGACGGCGUCACCGCGCUCAUUCGGGACUUGCAGUCGAGUAUGUCAUUAUCGAGGUCACCAUCCGGCAGUAGUUCAUUCGCCAAGGCAUCGGCUGGUACUGGAGACAGGGACAACGGCAACUUGAGCCCGGUUAAGAGGAAUGACAGUACGAGCAGCCAUACCAGUCAGCGAGGAAACGAUCUAGUGGCAAGGUUGGCAGACACACCACCCGAAGGUACAAAGUCCAAGAUGACGUCUCCACCACAGCAAGCCGUUGUCCCCGCACCACCUGUACUGACUACGGUGGAGAGCACCGAGAGCUAUGAUUUGCCACGACUGGCCACGACCCAGUUUGAGUGGACCUUUUCGGAAUCGGAGCAAGCGACCUAUGAGCGAAUCUACAGUCUCUGGGAGCGUCCAGCCGAGGAAUGUGUUUCUUCCGAUAUUGCAGGAAAGGUGUUUAUGACCCUUGGCUUGUCCAGCCAUGACCUUUUUGCUAUUUGGCAAAUGCUGAACCCAGAGGAAAAGUCGGUGCUUCACAGGACCCAGUUCAUUGCUGGUCUUCACUUGGUGACCUGUAAGGUCAUGGGGUAUGCCUUACCGGAUGAAUUGCCAGACGAGCUCAUGAUUUCAGCAGCUGGUGUCGGUCGUAUUGCCAUCCCUCCUCGCCCUGCUCAGGGACCCGCCAGCAUUUUGCCUGGGUCUGUCUUGUCUGAACCUGUCGACAACCCCCAAUUCCAACAGCAGAAACAACCAACACAACCGCAGCAACCAGCACAGCAGCAGCAACAACAGCAGCAACAACAGCAGCAGCAGAUGUAUAAUUACCAGGGUCCGAUGUCACCUACGACAAGCUAUGCCGCAGGACCCCCACCUCCAACGUCCUUUGGAUCCAACUUUAUGCACGCCUAUGACUUUACUGGGCUGGGUGGAGGCAACAGUGGUCCCAUUGAUUCCAAUGGAAUGAACGGCAACUCGUCUUUCAAGCCCAACGAAUCGAGCCCCUUCAUGGACUUCCAACAGCAAGGACAGCAGUUCUACUACCCGCCAAUGCAGCAGCAGGAUCAGCAGCAGCAACAGCAAUGGCCAUCUAUGCCCAAUGCUGACCACUACGUUCAACAAGCCCUUGCGGCUCAACCCAUGUCACCUUCUGUCUCCAAGGCAUCUAGUCUUUCGCGAACCUCGAAAUCGACUUCGAACUCGACCGCCACCUCUGCUGAGGUCGUUCCUGUUGUGCCAUCAAAACCUGGACCUCACGCGUUGCACAACCUAGCAGCCGAUGCGCCUGUGGUUUUGUCGUUUGAAUCCAACCCCUCCAGCAGAGGAAUAACUCCAACACAGGACUCUCAAAAGCCCACCAAAUCGACAACAGCGUCUGCGGAUACAACUUCAAAGACAACCGGUGGCGUCUCAAAUGGCACGACUACAACCAUGACAGUGGUGCCUCGUGUCCCACCAAUCGACUAUGAAAAACUCUACGCCUCACCUCCCGACGCAUUCGAUCACGAAUCAGCGCCUCCAGAGCUCGACGUCGAAGGCAACAACAUCAAGUACCGCUCUGACUUCAAGAACGAUAUGACGGUGUCGGCUUCAGUUACGGCCAACCAUCCUAUCAACCCUAAGGUGGGCGUCUUUUACUUUGAGAUCACGAUCGACCACUUCAAGGGUAACAGUGCUCUCAGUAUCGGUAUUGCCAGCAAGUCUCUUCGCAAGAACUUCCAAGUUGGUUGGGAUUUGAACUCGUGGGGAUUCCACAGUGACGAUGGCUUCCUGUAUUUCGGAAACGGAAAGCAAAACAUCACGUACUCGUACGAAUACCGCGAGGGAGACACGGUCGGAUGCGGUGUCAACUUUUUGGACAAGGCCGUGUUCUUCACCAUUAAUGGAGAGAUGAUGGGUAUCGCUUUCCGGUUCAUCAAGGAGUCCAUUCCGCUCUACCCUGCUAUUGGGCUCUCCCAGGCUGGCACUGAGAUCAAUGCCAACUUUGGUGACCAGACGUUCUUGUUCAACAUUGUCGACUACAAGAAGAGCAUUAUGGCCAAGACAAUCCAUACGCAGCCUGUGAUGACCUGGAACAACGGAGCCAAGAACGAGAAGGUUUUCCAGAUCCUGCCUGAUGGACUCUCGGUCAUUGCCGGUGGUAAAGAUAUUGGAUGUAUCCGUGGACCCAAGGUGUCACCUCGUGACAAGGAUGUCUUUUACUUUGAGAUCGCGAUCCUUUACAUGCCUCCCUCCGACCUAGGAACAAUCACGGUAGGAGUGUGUGGCAAAGAACAGUCCGUCACUGAUGUUCUCGGUUGGAAACCUGGCUCGUACGGAUUCUCGAGCGAGUGUGGCGAUUUCCUUUCAGUCUCCUCCAACCGGUCCAGCCUACACGCUCGUUCCCAAUCCGGGUUGAUGAAGGCUCGUGCGCGUGGUCCACCCUUCCGAACUGGAUCCGUUGUUGGUUGCGGUGUUGAUUUCGCCUCCAGAGAGUUGUUCUUCACUUUGAACGGCGAGUGCCUUGGACACGCGUUCCAUGACCUGGAUGUCCUUGACUGCUACCCAUGCGUGUCGGUUAUUGAUAGCGGUAGUGGCGGAGGAGUUGGAGGACCAUUGUCGACUUUGGCAGCCAACGGCGGUGUGGGAGCAGGAGCUGCAAAGCCCAAGUCUUCUGGGACCAAUAGUGGAGAUCGUGGUGGUUUUGAGUUCAAGGCCAACUUUGGUCAAUAUCCGUUUAUGUUUGAUUUUGCUGCUUUUGAGACCAAUGGUGGGCAAUAG